UUGAUCCUUUCUAUGGAAAAGAUAGUGAAGACGCUCAAGAAUGGAUUGAAAUGUUCUUAAAAGUAAAAGAAACUAAUGGAUGGCCAGACAAUAGAAGAGUAGCAAUUGCAACAGAAAUGUUAAAGAAAGAAGCAGCUGAUUGGUAUAAUCUAGUAAACACUACGAUUAACAGAUGGGACAGAGAUGCAAACACAGGAUUUAGAGAAAGAUUCUUAGCAUGCUUUUCAUCACAAGAAAAAUUACAUAGAUGGCAAUAUGAACUAAUGAAUCUGAAACAAAUAAAUAAAAAGGUUGAAACUUAUGCAUCAAGAUUUAAGAAGUUAGCAAAUAGAGUAGAUGCAGGAGGAAUUCCAGAUGCCUUUAAAGUACGAAUGUUCUUAAGUGGAUUAAAUAAGGAAUUGGCAACCUUAGUUGCAAUUCAAAACUCAGCUAAUUUAGAUGCCGCUAUUACUUAG